AUGAAUAUAAUUAUUACAAUCCCAGUUAUUUUUAUUUUAUAUUGUAUUAUAGAUUUCCUAUAUAAAAAUUUAAGUAAUAGAUCUUUUAAAGGACCCAUUGCAAUUCCUUUAUUGGGAAAUUUGUUACAUAUUAAAGAUGACCCACAUUUAGUAUUUCAAAGAGAUAGCAAAAUAUACAACGAUGGUAAAUUUGCACGUUAUUAUUUUUGUGACACAAUGACAUUGGCAAUAUUCGAUCCAGAAUUACUCAGGGAGAUAUUUGUAAAGAAUAACGAUUCAAUUAAUAGCAGAGUUAAAACACCAUCAACUAAUAUCAUUGGUAAUAGAUUUAGGGGCAUUGUUACUUCUGAUGAAGUUUAUUGGCAAUUCCACAGAGACAUUUUGAUGAAAUCGUUCACCGGCACCAAAGUUAAAACAUUAUCCUCAUCAAUCGAGAAAGAAACCAAUCAUUUAAUAGAUUACAUGAAAUAUAUUUCAAAAUCAGGUCAAAAUUUUUCAACAAGAAAUAAUUUUAUGAAUUUUAAUUCAAAUAUUGUAUUUGAUUAUGUUUUUAGCAGACGUAUAGAAAAUAUUUAUGAAGGUGUAGAUAUCGAGCAAAAUAAAGUUUUGGUUGCAAUCAGAGAGUUGUUUGAUUAUUUAGCAGAUACCGUAGUUUUUAAUUAUUUAAAUAUUACUCAACCAUUUUAUUAUUUAUACUUCAAAUUAUUUGGACAUACAGCAGAUAAAUUAAAGAACAUCUUAAAGAAAUACUAUCAUGAGCAUUCAGAAACCAUCGAUUUAAAUAACCCAAGAGAUGUUUUGGACUCUUUAAUUAUAGAGUAUCGUAAAUACGAUGGAAAAGAAGAGGAACAAUCGAUUAUACCAAUGACCAACGAAUUAAUUUUAGCCGGUGUAGAGACCAACAGUACCACAAUGGAAUGGUUUAUUAUAAACAUGUGUAAUCACCCAGAAUAUCAAUCUAAAAUCUAUAAUGAACUUUUAGCAGCUUCUAAAUCUGGUCCAAUUACCAUUUCUCAUAGACCUUCAACCCCACUUUUUAAUGCAGCCAUAAAAGAAACCUUAAGACUUUGUCCACCAGUGCCAUUUGGCGUUCCACGUGUUGCUGUUAAAGAUUUCAAAGUAAAUGGUUUAAAUAUUCCAAAAGGUACCCAAAUCAUUCAAUCAUUAUAUUCAAUUUUUAGAGAUGAAAAGUAUUAUGAAGAGCCAAAUAAAUUCAAACCUGAAAGAUUCCUUGUAGAAAACAACUAUCCAUUUAUGCCAUAUGGAAGUGGUCCAAGGGAUUGCUUGGGUCUUGAUAUUAGUAUGAGAGAAUUGUAUAUAUUAUUAUCAAAUAUUUUAUUAAAUUUCGAAUUCUCCUCAAUCGAUGGUAAACCAAUUAGCGAACAACCAGUAUUCGGCUUCUCUUUUAGACCACAUGAAUACCAAGUAAAAUUAAAAUAUAGAAAUAAUUAA